AUGGAUUCUUCUGGACAACCCAGACCAGAAGAUAACCAGUCAGUAGUCAGCAGAAUGCAAAAGAAAUACUGGAAAACUAAACAAGCCUUUAUCAAAGCAACAGGAAAAAAAGAGGAUGAGCAUGUGGUGGCAUCUGAUGCUGAACUGGAUGCAAAACUUGAGGUUUUUCACUCCAUUCAAGACACAUGCACUGAACUUCUGAAGAUAAUUGAAAAAUAUCAACUAAGACUCAAUGAUAUGUCAGAGGAAGAAAAUCAGCUUGGGCUCUUUCUAAAGGUUCAGGCAGAACGGGAUGUAAGUCAAGCUGGUAAAAUGAUGGAUGCCACUGGCAAGGCACUCUGUUCUUCCGCUCAGCGAAGAUUAGCCCUGUGUACUCCACUGUCUCGUCUGAAACAAGAAGUUGCAACAUUCAGUCAAAGGGCCAUAUCUGAUACCUUGGUAACAAUUAAUCGGAUGGAACAGGCACGCACAGAAUACAGAGGAGCUCUGCUGUGGAUGAAAGAUGUGUCCCAAGAACUAGACCCAGACACCUUAAAACAAAUGGAAAAGUUCAGAAAAGUACAGAUCCAAGUGAGAAGUAGCAAAGCUGCUUUUGACAAGCUAAAGAUGGAUGUUUGCCAGAAAGUUGAUUUACUUGGAGCUAGUCGCUGCAAUAUGUUAUCCCAUUCCCUCACUACCUACCAGAGAACAUUACUUGGCUUCUGGGAGAAAACAGUUCAAAUGAUGUCCCACAUACAUGGGGAAUGUACUGACGUCCAUCCAUAUGAUUUUGUAACUCUCAAGCGACUACAAGACACUUCAAGCAAGCUUUCUGAGGACCACAAAGAGGAACACAAAGAAGACAAUUCUCUUACUGAAAAUCUUAAUAAAUUAGUUUUGUUAAAUGAGGAAGAAAACUUGGAAAGUGAACCAGCAACUGAAAAGUAUAAGGAGAAACAUUUUCAAAUGAGAGACUUUAGAACAGCUCCAUAUUCUAACUGUGAAAAUGUUACAAAAGAUCUAUUUGUAGAUUCCUUGGAAGGAGAGGACUUUGAGAAGGAAUUUUCAUUUCUGAACACUUUUGUAAGCCCUGGUUCUUCAAGUACUAGUGAAUUUACCCAAGAAAGCCAGACUGCAUUUGGGAGCCCCAAUACCAUUCUCAUUUCCCAGGAACCUGCACUGGGUUCUGAGGCUCUUGCUCAUUCUUCUGGAUUUCUUCCUUCACAACUCUUUGACCUUGGUCUUCAUGCUGCUGGACCUGUCAACAGCUGGGUGUCUCACGGAGGAUCAGAACCUCCUCUUUCACACAGGGAUAAUGGGUCAGUGCCUUCACAGAGUCCAAAGAAGUUAACAAGAUCCCCUAACAAUGGUAAUGAAGACAUGUCAGCCUGGUUUAAUCUAUUUGCAGACUUGGAUCCACUUUCAAACCCAGAUGCUAUUGGACACUCUGAUGAUGAACUUCUUAAUGCUUGA